CAAAAUCAGCUGUUCGAUUAAAAGCAAUUGAUUAAUUUACAAACAAAGUGGAUACAAAGAGCUCUCAAACAAAAUUAUAAAAGCUUACUAAUAUGGGCGCACCCGAAUUACCAGGCGAUCCUGGAGAGGAAGAUAUUCACGCGAUACAGUCAAAUGUACAUCAUCCUCCAGUGCCUAGCGACGAUAGUGAUAAUGAAAUGAACACUGCGGAUGCUUACGCUGGCUACCAACCGUUACCCAUGGGUGACGAUGUCAUUGACACAUCAAUGGAUGAUAACAUUUCUAUGGACGAUGAUUCCGAAGAAACAUUACAAAUCGCUGAUGGUGAAAGUGCUUGUGGAAAUGGUGCGCCUACAAAUUUGCCAGCGGUAGAGAGUGCCGAUGCUGAAAUUGAAAGACAGGUGUGGAAUGAACCGCGGCCUAAAGAGUUGCAAUUGGAAUUAGACAAUACAAAAACCACGCAGAUCUUAAAUGUCAUGGCAAAUAUAACACUACCGAAUGCUGUGGUGCCGGAUUGGGCUGCGGGUGUGCCGGAAGAACGUUGGAAAGAGGAACUAUUGCAACGUAUACGUCAACGUGAGGAAUCGAGUGCUGGGAUUACUGAAGAAAGGAGUGCCUAAAUAGUAUAAAUUUCGGUUAAAGAAUGAGUGACGGUUAAACUGUGUGUAUAUGUUUGUAUGAAAGUUCGAAAAUUUUGAUUUAAGAGUAACAUUCUAAAUAAUUGUACGAGUACUAAAUAUGUAUAGAACAGCAUUUCAUUUUCAUUUAUAGGCGGUAUGUUUUAGUACUUUAAAGAAUUACAAUCCGACAAAUUAUUUUGAUGUAAAAAAGUAUAUUACAAACGUUUAUUGAGAUAUUGUUAAAGUAACAUAUACGGCAUCAGAAAAUAAAGAUCAGGGAAGAUGCAAUACCCUGAAACAGUU